AAUUUUCAAUAUGCUGUGCAGGAAUGAAGGAAUUAUUAAAUAAGAUUCUUUUUAUUAAUUAAUUUUUUAUUAUUUGCAACUACUUUUCCUUUAGAAAAUAAAAUAAAAAUUAUUAAAAAUGACGGACACAGAAAGACAUCCAAUGAAGGAAAAAAGAAGGGCUAACAAACCGUUGUUAGAAAGAAAACGGCGUGCACGCAUAAACAACAGUCUAAACGACAUGAAACACUUAGUUUUGUCUUUUUUGAACAAGGAUGCAACUAAGUUUACAAAAAUGGAGAAAGUCGAUAUCCUAGAUAUGACUGUUCAUUAUUUACAACAACAGUUUAAAAGCAGAGGAGAACAAUAUUCUUCUGUUUAUCGAUCUGGCUACGAAGAUUGUAAACACGCUAUGUACCAAAAUAUUAUGGCUAUGGAUAUAGACCUUCAAACAAAAUAUCAAAUUAUGAGUCAAAUGUCAACGGCAUUUGAAAAUUCUCACCAUUUAUCUACCCCACCACCUAGUCCUUCUUCAGAACGAUCAAGCAGUCCUUUAAUUAACUAUACAUCUACGCGUAUUUUUCUUCCGUCUCCAAACUUGCCCAAGCAGAAAAAUUCGCCAAAAAAAUGUAAUUUAGUUUGGCGACCGUACGAAUAAGUUUUUUUUUUCAUCUUUUUGUAUAUAUCGCUCUUAACUUUAUAUUUAAGUUGCCAUGCAACUAAUUGUAAAUGUAUUUGUAAAUAUUUUUGAAAAAAUCUUUUAUUAGGGUCAUUUAUUGAUUGAAACUAUUUAGUCUUCAAUAAAAUGAUUUGUUUAUUUA